CGCGCGAGCACACACUACGCCCGCCCAAUUGCCUAUAAUGAUACCACUCGACCGUAUAUCCGUCCGAUCCACUCCUAAGACAAUAGAACCCAGUCAGCCCCCGACUUGCGACAUCGCAGGACUGCCCAGCCGCAUCGUGGGAACCGCGAAGUGAUCCCGAGUGCUGUGAUGAAGUGCCCGCGACGAGCCUCAAUAACGAAACUAUUAUGACGGUUAAAGAGGCCUCAAUGGACCUUUUGAGAACGUCUCCCACAGUCUCAAACUUAAACAACGAUGAUUGAUUGACAUCGGUGCUCACAAUUCGGACAUAAUGAACGGAAUCAGCGCGGCCACGGAUAAACCGGCGACGGCGGUGGAAGCCCCCGUAAAAAAUGAACCGAAAGACAAGAAAUCCGGCGUCCGGGAGAAGCUUAUGCAGAUCAAGUCAAACAUUACGGUGGAGCCGAUCAUCGCGUGUUACAUCAUGUCGAAUGUGUUCUCGGGACUUGCUGUGCAAAAUUUAAAUUUGGAGAAAGCGUGUCGAGUCAAUUUAGGGUACAGUGAUGAGGUUUGCUCGGCUUUGAACAAGCGGCAGACCGAAAACUAUACGUUGGAGGAGGCGGAAGUGCAGAAGUUGACGGCAUCAGUACAAGCGUGGAAAAACAUUGUUCAGACUGCGUUCCCGUGUAUACUGGUUCUAUUUGUGGGCUCGUGGAGUGACAAAACCGGAAAAAGGAAAGCGUGCAUACUCCUACCUAUAGUCGGGGAAGUGUUGUGCUGCACUAGCUUCAUCUUAAACACAUAUUUCUUCUACGAAUUGCCUCUGGAGGUCACGGCCCUUUCAGACUUGUUUCCGUCAUUAACUGGAGGAUGGAUAACUGUGUGCGUUGGUGUAUUCAGCUACAUAGGUGACGUAACGACGAAAGAAAUGAGGACAUUCAGAGUAGGAGUUGCCAACUUGUGCAUGUCCCUGGGCAUCCCGAUUGGGAUGUCUCUGAGCGGGAUACUUCUGCAGCAGAUCGGAUAUUAUGGGAUAUUUUUAAUAUCGAACUGCCUGUACGUCGCCAGUCUGAUUUAUGGGUACAUACGUCUGAAAGAUCCAGUGAUAUCGGAAGAGCGGCAAAGAGACCAGCCGGUCGGCUGCCGAGGGUGGGUGUGUUCGUUCUUCGACGCGCGUCACGUGCGCGAGACCCUCACAGUGGCCUUCAGGAGUGGUCCACGACGACGACGGCUCCGAGUGUCGCUGCUCAUCGUCGUGGUCUGUGUUAUAUUCGGGCCUUUGCAUGGUGAAAUGAACGUGCUGUACCUGUUCAUGAGAUACAGGUUCAACUGGGACGAGGUUCAAUUCAGCAUGUUUUGCACUUACAGUAUCAUCACUAAUUUAGUUGGUACAUUGUUCUCAAUAAGCAUAUUCAGCGACUUCAUGAAGCUGGACGACACGGUGGUAGGCAUCAUCUCGUGCACCAGCAAGAUCCUGGCGUCCUUCAUAUUCGCCUUCGCCACCACCACUUUAGAAAUUUAUAUUGCCCCAUUGGUGGAGAUUUUCAAUGGAACGUCUUUCAUUGCAAUGCGCUCCAUUGCCUCGAAAUUGGUCACUAGUGAAGAAUUGGGUAAAGUGAACUCCCUAUUCGGUCUGGCCGAAGCCAUGAUGCCCCUGGUCUACGGGCCCCUAUACUCCAGGGUCUACAUGGCCACCCUGAGCGUCCUGCCUGGCGCGGUGUUCCUGCUAGGAGCCGCCAUGACUGUCCCUGCCGUGGCCAUAUUUGGAUGGAUGUACUUCGAACAAAGAGAGGACAACAAGCAAGUGGAAGAAAUGGAAAACGUGAAUAAAGAAGUCUAAAUCGCUACCAAUUGACUGUUGUACGAGCAUUUAUUUAUCAGUGAAUGUGUCAGUGAACAAUGCAUAAUAAGUGUUUUGGGCAUGUGUGGAAAU